AUGAUUCCCUCUACGUUGGCCUUCGUCGUCCUCGCAGCGAGUUCCGUUCUUGCUCACCCAACCCUUUCCGUCGAUUAUUCCCAAAAGGACACUGAUUACACUCGCGAACUCGACCUUAUGUCCCGCGACCUGGAAACCGUCACCAGUUUCUACAACCUCGUCAAUGCUCGUGGGUAUGUUGACAAACUGGAUGAGCAUGAGAGAAGAAGCUACGAUGAACUUCAAGGACGCAAUUACGACGACAUCCAGGAGAGGGAUAUAUUGGAAGACUUCUCCCGGUUAAUGGCACGUGCUGGAGGUCGGGGCGGUGGAGGCCGUGGUGGAGGCGGACGCGGGGGUGGCGGCCGUGGAGGAGGUGGUAGGGGCGGAGGAGGAGGAGGCGGUGGAGGUGUUCCAGGCCUCAAGGCUAUUCCACCCGGAGGGAUACCUAAACCUGUUCCUAAAGGAGCACCGAAAUCUCCCGGGCAAGUAUCGAAGCCCGGGGGACCUGCACAGCAACCCACGAAGCCAAAGGCCCCUCCGAAGCAACCAGCGAGCCUUCCGAAGGGAAAGCCCAACUCACUGAGUCCUGCUGGCGCUCCGACGCUGAAAAUUGAUCCGAACACUGUGAUUGAAAAUGUGCCGAAGGUUGUCGAACCAGCGGUGGAGUGGUGGACGCAGCAACAACAGUAG